AUGUUAUUGAAAUAUUCCCAGUAUUCUACUCAAGUGUUGGAACAAGAAUCCCUGAGAAAGAUACUCGAAUCAUGCAUUAGAUAUUUAAGACUCUCAGUUAUCUUUUUAUGCGGUAUUUCAUAUUACUUCACAGUCCUAUUUCUAUCUCGUGAUCGCCCCACCAUUUCAGUUGCUGAUUUGUAUGUUUCUUCGCUAAACCAAACCUCUACUUCGUUGACUAACACCACCACAAUCUCUAUCGACCUCAAAUUCCAGAAUGAGAAUUUGGGGGUAGGGAUUUACUACGAAGAUCCUCUAAAUCUCACCAUCACUUAUAUCCCACAAAACAUAACCAAUUUCAUCACUAUUCAAGGGUUUUAUCAAGGUAACGGAAAGGUUAAUCAUAUCCAAGUCUCCACCGUGGUUCAAAGACAUUUUCUCAAACGUUGA